AUGAAUUCAUUUUUUAUUCGUUCUGGGGCGUGGGGCCCCCGUGUCAGUGGCCAGGGGGCCUUAGCGGUUACGGGCGCGGGGGAUACGAGUGCUGGGCGAUGCGAGCGCCCGACCCAGGAGAGGGUCCAGCGGCGCAGACGGGCGCCGGCGCCGGGCGACGACCGGGACCGCGGCGAGGGUGGCCGGAAUGGGGCGGCGCCCCGGCGAUGCGAAGGCGGGCGGGCACGACGGCCGCUGCGGUCGUGCGCGCACGGGGGAGGAAAGUGGGGCGCGAGCAGGCUGGAGGGCACGCCGGCGCGGCAGCGCAACGGGAGCAGAGGCGGGAGGCGGGGCGCGCGAGGGGUCUGGCCGCAGCAGCAGCAGAACAGUAGCAGGCGGGAGGCGCGGGCCACGGCGGCGCUCGGCCACGCGAGCAGGGGAGCAGCGCGCGGCGGCGGUGCGUACAGGCUGCACGGGGGGCGAGGUUGCAGAGGAGCAGCAUCGGCAUAUCAGUACGCGGGCGCACGACCGGCGGGGCGUGGGGAAGAGAAGGAGGGGGUCCUCACGGGGGUUGUAGGGGAGUGGCAGCAGGGGCGCAAGGUGGAGACGAUGACGGCGUGA